AUGUUUGCAAGUCACCUUUCUCCAAAGAAACACGCUGCAAUUGCUAAACUUGUUGGUCGCAAAUGCUCUGUUCGGUGUCUUGUACAUGAUGUUGACAUGGAAGCGUUAUGGGACACUGGAGCCCAGGUCUCCAUUUUCCCGGAACAGGUACUGUCGGACAAUUUUUCUGAUUUGAAAAUACGUGAUAUUAGUGAAUUGCUUGGUGCGGGUUCUGGUUUGAAUUUAACAGCGGCAAAUGGGACACCAAUCCCUUAUAAAGGCUGGGUGGAAACUAGAUUUAGAUUAAACCGAGAAGAUGAAAAAGAAAUAACAGUACCAUUCUUAGUAACACCCGAACAGUUGGAACAACCAAUAAUUGGGUACAAUGUUAUUGAACUGUUUUUGCAAGAGGGUGAAAACUACUCAGAUAAUUUAUCAGUGGCACACCAUAUAGUGUCAAGUCGUAAUGUUGGAGUGAAAGAUGCUGAGCAAUUGAUAAACAUUAUCCAAAGAAAUGAUGGGGAGUUGUUUUGCCAAGUGAAAAUAUCCAAACGUCACAUUACAAUACCGAAGAAAGCUACCAAAACAGUACCCUGUCGAGCAAAUACGGGAACGAUUGAGAAUACUAGACCAGUGCUUUUUGAACCUGAUGAAAAACAAGAGUGGCCCCCCAGAUUAAUAGUUCAUGAAACCUUAACAUCUGUGAAAAAGGGAAAAUCCACAAUCAUGCAAGUGCAAGUGACAAACGAUACAAUGCAUGACAUCGUACUACCUGGACGGACUGUUUUGGGAAGCCUUGAACUUUUUCGUUCUGUUACACCAAUUGAGGUGAUAUUAAAGGAAAAUGUAGAUGAGAAAAGAACUGAUAUGAAUUUUGGAAUGGAGAAACAGAGGACUAGUCAAACCAUGGAUAAUAAAAUACAUGGAUAGGAAACUAGCUGACGUGACCUAAUGUUUUCAAUGGGCUGAUGGCGUUGAAACCUAGUUGCAAACCGAAUUCUCAAAAACGGCAUGUUUAGCGAUAAUACAGCUAAACAUUUUAGUCAAAGAGCAAAUAAAUAUAACUAGGCCAUUCUACGAUGAAAUCUCUAAGUAUUCCCGGUCAAUUUUAGCAAAUAUUUCAAGCACUAAACAGUGAAAAAUGUAUCGCAAAUUUCGUAAAAAUUGGCGACGCCAAUUUCGUAGCUACAAAUGUAAAAAAAUACAAAACAAAGAUGAAAAACAUUUACCUUGAAUACUUUGUCGUGGCUUAGGCAUGUUUUAAACAAUUAGACCAGUUUAUGCUUCAAUAUUACUCUUUUAAAGCGGAAAAUAUAGCGAAACAACAAAAAUGCUGAGAACUUUGGCAAUACACGUGACGUCACAGAUUGCAACUAGGUUUAGACUGUGACGUCAGGAAGUUUCCUAUCCAGUUAUUUUACAAUCCAUGGUCAAACUAAGGACCCUUGCCAUUCAGCUGUAAAUUCUGAGAAAGAACAAUUCAUACGGGAAGUCGAUUUAAGUACUCUCACACCCGAACAGCAAACUUUGGUAAAAAAAUGUUGUAUGAGGAGCGAGAUACUUUUUCGAUCGACGAUGACGACAUUGGGUGCAUCAAGGACUUGAAAAUGGAGAUAAAUCUUACGGACAGACAACCGGUUCAGAAAAAUUACGCGUCCAUUCCACGUCCACUUUACCCGGAAGUGAAACACUAUCUGGAAGACCUACUAACAAAAACUUUAUCAGACGAUCGAAGUCACCUUACUCUAGCAGCGUGGUGUGCGUCAGGAAGAAGGAUGGAAUCAUGAGACUAUGUGUCGACUACCGUGCACUGAAUAAAAAGACCAUUCAAGACAGACACCCCAUCCCCAGGAUGCAAGAAACCUUAGAUAACUUAGGGGGAAACUCUUGGUUCAGUACAUUAGAUCAACGCAAAGCGUAUCAUCAAGGCUUUGUCAGCCCAGAUAGUCAACCAUUCACAGCAUUUGUGACGCCGUGGGGGCUUUACGAGUGGGUACGCAUCCCAUUCGGACUAACGAACGCGCCAGCUAGUUUCCAGCGGUUCAUGGAAGGAUGCUUAGGGGAUUUACGUGACCAGAUAUGUAUUCCCUAUCUCGACGAUAUUAUUAUAUUUUCCAAAUCAUUCGAAGAGCAUGUUGAACACGUACGUCUAGUUCUGCAGAAACUGCAACAACAUGGUGUUAAACUGAAGCCAGGAAAAUGCAGGUUAUUCAAGCGUCAAGUAUCGUUUCUUGGGAUAAUAGUGUCAGAAAAGGGGUAUAACAUUGAUCCAAAAGCAACCGAAGCUGUUAUCCUGUCAAAGAGCAAAAUACCGCGGACUGCCGGAGAGGUUCGAAGAGUAAUUGAGUUGUUAGGAGUAUACCGACGUCACAUCAAAGAUUUUUCGAAGAUUGCUAAACCCAUCUAUGAGCUGUUGGGAGGGAAAGUGAACACUAAUCAGAACUCCAGGAAAAAUGGUCAACUGCCAUCGAACCACCCUAUUCAGUGGUCUAUGAAACACCAGACGGCAUUAAAUACAUUGAUUGAUUGCGUCACCUCACCCCCGAUUCUAGCGUACCCUGAUUGCAGUUCACCAUGCGUUGUUCAUACAGAUGCUUCCCAGAACGGACUGGGAGCCGUGUUAUAUCCGCGUCAAGGCGGAACGCUCCGAGUCAUCGCAUAUGCAUCACGCACAUUAACGCAAGCCGAGAAGAACUACCAUUUACAUGCGGGGAAGUUAGAGUCUCUUGCUCUAAAGUGGGCUGUCAGCAAACAAUUCAGGGAUUAUUUAUAUUAUGCACCAUCCUUCGUAGUCUAUACUGAUAAUAACCCACUGACUUAUAUUCUCUCAACAGCGAAACUUAAUGCGACCGGUUUGCGUUGA